CCUCAGCAAUAACAUUGAUACUUUACUUAGUUCUUUUUGUGAGACUAAAAGCAAAUUAAAAAAAAUUAUAUCUGUAUUUGAUCGGUAGAAAACAGGCCCCGUCUAUGAGGUCAUUUAAUGGACUGUGACCAAAGAACAAAGUAGUAAUAAUAAAUUAAAGCAGUUUAGUAAUUGGGCUUUUAUUUAGAAGGACACGAAAAGAUACGAAAAAACGAGUGUUACAAUUGCAAAAUGGACAACAGCAACAAAAUAGUUCCGCCGCAUUUAAAUGCCGAAGUUUACAGAACUGAUACAUCAGGAACAAGCACUCAACCGUAUCUCGACUAUAUUCGUAUUAAUACUGAUGGAACUUCUCUGAUUGGGUGUUCUGAACUAACAGGAAGAUAUUGGAAUGGUGGUGCCAGUAUUUGUUCUAAAUGGUCUGACAACAAAACUAGGAGGCCGCCAAAAAAAGAUAUUUAUUUAACAAGUGGUUCUGCAGAUGGGUGCUUUAUUGAAAGAUCAAACAAGGUAUUGCUUGGUGAUGAUAAUGGUGCUUUGAGCAUAUGGACUUGCAAUGCUGAUGAUGCUUGGGAUCAAUGGAAUGAAGAUAUGUCAGUUGCUGAACAUGAUGGUGGUGUGAUGGCAAUGGACUGUUUGACUCCUGGUAAUGAGUAUGUCACUGUUGGUGCUGAUGGAAACAUUAAGGUAUGGGAUAUUUCUGAUUUAAUAUGUGCACGUAAUUAUAUUGCAGCUCAUAGUAAAUCAAUUUAUGGGGUUUCAGUAAGGCCACAGUCUGGCUCAAGCUUUGCAACUGGCUCCUUAGAUUAUUACGCAUCAUUAUGGGAUGGAAAUGUUGAAAAACCAGUUUUAGAUCUAACCAGAAAUGACUGUGGCAUUCGUUGUUUACAAUGGUUGGAUGAAUAUCAUCUCUUCUUUGGUGACGAAGCUGGAGCCUUGAGUCUCAUUGAUAUUAGAAAUCCUGAAAAUGUGACAAAACUCACUGAAUUCCCGGCAGCGAUCCAUAAAAUUUGUGUUCAACCCGAAUGCGAUCGAGUUUCUGUGUGCUGCGAUAACAAAAUAUUAUCAGUGUUUGAGUUCCAUGAUGAUUGUAAAUUGAAUUUGAUUUACGAAAACAGUAAUUUACACAGUAAUUAUAUAAGAGGAAUGGCUUGGGAUGUGGACGACAAAAAUGUUUUACACACAGUAGGGUGGGAUGGCGAAACAAAGAUCCACAAAAUAAGUACAUAAAAUGAUGACUAAAUAUAUAAUCUGUUAAAGGUUUAAAUACACAAAGUUUAAACUAAAAUGAUACGUUUUCCGGGCCUUAAUUUCUAUGGGCAAAAGUGUUAAAAUAAUAGUACGCUGCCCGUUAAGUUAUGUUUUGUAUAUAACAUUUUUUUAUCAUUUAAAAUAAACUAAUGCUAAAUAAAUAAUAU